CAACAGUUUCAUGGUUUACUUUACGAAAAAAUUUAAGGCUGUAUAGAUUCCAAUGGUCAGACCGUGAGCGUGUAUAGAAUAUAACGUCGACCAUACGGAAGUGAUCGGUGGUUGAAAACAAUACAUUUUGGUGAGAGCAUAUUCAAACGCAAACAUGACUUUGAUGGAAUUUUUUGGUUGCACCUUUAUUUCGUUUGGUCCACCGUUAGGCCUGUUCCUGUUCACCAUAGCUAGAGACCCGCUGAGAGUCAUUGUUCUUAUCACUAGUUCUUUCUUCUGGCUGCUUUCGUUACUAUUAUCAUCAAUAUGGUGGUUUGCCGUCGUCCCACUGAGGGAUAAGCUGGCUUUCGGCCUCGUAUUUUCAGUGGUUUUCCAGGAACUCUUCAGAUUUCUCUUCUAUAAACUCCUCAGAAAAGCUGACGAGGGUUUACAAAAGGUGAGCCAGCAAGGCCAGGAACAGCAUGUUACACCCAAAGACAUCUCAAACAAACACAUCAUGGCUUAUGUUUCGGGUCUUGGAUUUGGCAUCAUCAGCGGUGCGUUUUCUCUGAUCAAUGUAUUGGCUGACAUGGUGGGACCAGGAACUAUUGGCAUACAUGACGACUCCAGAUACUUCUUCAUUGCCUCAGCAUUCCUGACCCUGUGUAUUAUCCUGCUCCACACGUUCUGGGGUGUGAUAUUCUUCAACGCCCUAGACACCAAACAAUACAUUAACCUGGCGAUCGUUGUUGCCUCACACAUGCUGGUCUCCUGUCUCACCCUGCUGAAUCAGAAGUCGAGUUCAGCAGAUAGUCGAUACUACCUGAGCAGCAUUAUUCCCGCCUAUCUUAUCAUGUUUGCCAUGGGGGGUCUGGCAUUCCACGUCGCCGGAGGCUCACUGGGCAGUCUGAAAGCAGGCCUUAAAUGGAAAAGAACGGCAAGAUACGCUGUUGAUUGAGACUUUUGGGAUGGUCAUUGAUCUCUGUGACUUACGAACACACUGAUUUUGUGUUCGCUAGAAAUUCUGUGACAAAAAUUAUUCUCAGUGUCAUUAACAGAUCUAUUUUCUAAUGCUUAAAUUAAUUGAUCAUCAUUUUCAUCAUCUGCAGCUCCGGUACAUUAUUCCGUUCACACUAUAUAAGAGAACCGGUGUAUGAACAAUGAUUGUGUACAUAAUCUUAUAAAGCCAUGGUGUAACAAAAACAUGAUUGAUCAAUUGGUUAACUUUUUAGCCACAUUUUAAAACACUAUUGAAUAAAACAGACUUGAUAAAUAUGAGUGAUUGUUUUCGAUGUUUCUCUGUACAUUGUGUUUUAUAGAAUAGGUUGAUUCAUACGAAAUUGUUCCUUUAACAAAAGAGUUUACUUUUGAUAGGUAGAUGAAACUUAAACAUGAGAAAAAAUGCCACGUGCAGGAAAGAUGUAAUGCACCAGUCAAUUGUAACCACGGCCCCCCAGGUCCGGGGGUAUACCGGGGAUAGCCGGGGAAAUGGGCUGUGUUUUUACCUUUUAGGUGGCCCCGCGGUGCCGGGUGAAUGCAGUGGUCUUGUCUUCGCUUUAAAUAUAGGGGGGAAUGGGCCUUACCUAGGGUCCCUGGUGUGCGGGGGCAUUUGGCAGGGAUUUUACCAUUUGUUGGUCCCCGCAGGGCGGGGAUUUUAGCCAGGGUUGGCUGGACAGAAAGUCAAAGUCCCCGCUAUUCCCCGGACCUUGGGGGGGGCGUGGUUACAAUGGGCUGGUGCAUUACGACAGUGUAUUGAUUUAGAUUGUUUUAGAUAGAGUUGCUAAUAUUGCCCUAGAUCACUCGCGUCAGAUCAAUCUGUGCAAUAUUAGAAAUCUUAUUUAACAGCAUUAAGCUGUUAGGUCUAAUAACUUAUGCUUUUGUUUGGAUCAUUAUACUUUUUUUAAUAAUUGGGAUCAACGAUUUAUAAAAGCUUUAUUUACAUGUUACUUUUUGUACAUAAUUUAUGUACAGUGAAUGUGAUCGCAUACAAGCUUCAAGGCAUAUGCUUUUCUUUUAAUUUCAUGUUUUAACUUAUAGUUGUGUCGUCCAGAAGUGCUAAGAAAAGUUCCCCAAAGCAUUUCAUAAUCUUGUUAGUAUUACCUCAUACUUUUUUCAUGACAUCUUUAAUUUUUGUAAAUUUCUUUUACAGCGAUGGUCAAUUAGAGCCUGGAUUACAUAGACCAUUUUAUAUGGUUUAUUUAUCACCCAAUGGUUGCCAAUGGUCUAGGGUUAGUUGAUGGCUGUUAAGCUCUCAUUGGACAAGUUUGCUUCUCUAUCACAAAAUGAUUGAAAUGUUUCUUCUGAAAUUAAUGUGGAUGAUUUGUACAACUAAUGCUGUAUUGAUGUUGGACCAAUCAGCAAUGCUUCUUAUUGUCAUGUGAUAUUUACUGAAAUAAAAUGUCUGAUUUUGGA